AUGGAGGAAUCGUCCCAUACAUCCCACGCGGGCCACUCCCGUCGUGAGCACACUGGUGGGUAUCUGCCCAUCGAGGACUACGGAAUGAUCGGAAACAUGCACACCUGCGCUUUGGUUGGCAUCGAUGGCAGCAUUGACUUCAUGUGCUGGCCCGACUUUGACUCGCCAUCCGUCUUCUGCCGCCUCUUAGACAAGGACAAGGGCGGCCAUUUCAACAUUUCGCCGCCGCCCGAGCUCGGGUGCACCACGAAACAGCAAUACCUACCUUCGUCGUGCCUCUUGCAGACGCGCUACAUCCACGAAGACGGCGUUGUGGACCUCAUCGAUUUCUUUCCUCGCCCCAAGAGCACCAAGGUCGUCUCCCGCAGCAGCAGCGAUCAAGGCUUGUUUCGGGAAGCGGCGAGCGUCCAGGCCGAACUGAAGAAGUGGCUGGUCCGCCGAGUGGAGUGCGUUCGCGGAUUUCUCACUAUUGAUGUGGAAAUCUUCCCCGCGUUUGGCUACGGCCAAGAGGUCCACGUCACCACUGUCCACAGGGGGACGCAGAGCCCGGCCGCUGAGGAGAGCAAGGUCGCUACAUUUCACAGCAAAGAUGUCAAAUUGCAGCUCGAUGUUGUUGCCGAGAGUGUCAACGGCGCAACACGCCCCAGUAUCAGCUUCACCAAGCAGCGACGCGACGGAAUGCUCGGCGAGGGUCUUGUUGCUCGUGUUGAAAUUCGAGCAGGCGAGGCUCUUUCAUUUGUAGUCCGCAACGACAUCGAUAAUCAUGUUGACGAAUUCAUCACUACUGAAUUGCUGGAUAUGCAGCAGCACGAUACACAGGUCUUUUGGCAGGACUUUAUUGCACAGUCCAAGUAUACCGGCCGGUGGGUGGAGGUGGUUUCCCGCAGCUUGAUGAUUCUGAAGAUGCUCACCUUUGAACCAACCGGCGCAAUUGUUGCUGCACCCACCUUCUCCGUACCUGAGCAUAUCGGAGGCUCUAGAAACUGGGACUAUCGCUACUGCUGGGUCCGCGACUCGAGCUUCACCAUUUAUAUCUUGCUACGCCUCGGAUUCAAGGCCGAAGCGGAUGCAUAUAUGAACUUUAUCAUGGAGCGCCUCCAGAGUCGGGGCCUCGAUGAUGCGCUGCCCAUCAUGUUUACGAUUCGCGGUGCGACGGACAUUCCCGAGUCCACACUAGACCAUCUUGACGGAUAUCGAAACAGUCGCCCUGUUCGAAUCGGCAACGGUGCUGCGUUCCACAAGCAAUUUGACAUUUACGGCGAGCUGAUGGACGGCAUUUAUCUGUACAAUAAAUACGGAAAGCCCGUGCCGUGGGACCUCUGGGUUGCCGUGCGCGAGUUGCUGGAUUAUGUCUUGACCAUCAAGGACGAGCCAGAUAAUUCCAUCUGGGAAGUACGCAACCAGCGCCAGCACUUUACAUAUUCCAAAAUCAUGCUAUGGGUGGCUUUUGACCGUGGCUUGCGCUUAGCCGAGAAGCGCUGCUUUCCGUGCCCCAACCGCGCCAAGUGGAUGGAAGCACGAGAUGACCUCUGCGAAGAAAUCAUGGCCAAAGGCUACAACAAAGAGCUCGAGUGCUUUGUUCAGAGCUACGAAAACAACACCAUGCUCGACUCGUCGAUCCUCAUCGCGCCACUUGUCUUCUUCAUCUCGCCGUGCGACCCCCGCUUCAUCAAAACCCUCGACAAAAUCCUGCUCCCGCCCGAGCAGGGGGGUCUCACCAGCACUGGACUGGUUUACCGCUACGAUACUGAAUUGUCGGAUGAUGGUGUCGGAGGCCGCGAAGGGGCCUUUAGCAUGUGUACAUUUUGGCUCGUUGAGGCCAUGACGCGCGCCAGUGUCUACGAACCCAAGUACCGUGGACUUGCCCUGAAUUUGUUCCAAAACAUGUUGAGCUUUUCAAAUCACCUAUCCAUGUUUUCGGAAGAGAUUGCGCGCAGCGGAGAGCAGCUGGGAAACACCCCGCAGGCGUUCAGCCAUCUGGCUCUGAUCAGCGCCGCGUUUAAUCUAGACAGAGCAGCGGCUGGUUGGAAGGAGUAA